AUGGCGGAGAAGGACGAAAAGUCGGGUGUUGGUCUGUCCUCGACAGGGCAAUUUGACCAGGAUAUCUAUGGAUAUGGAAGUAGUAAUCGAUUUGAAGGGUACAAUACGACUGUCAUGGAAGAAGGUGAUGAAAAAGAGCAGGAGCAGCGUAAACAGGAUCACUCUUCUCACGCAUCGAAUGCAAAGACUAGCGAUGGGCUCAUUGACGACAAUCACGAUCCUUUUGCUGAUUCGCGGGAAGAAAAUGGAUCAGGUAUUGUAAAUACGCGCAUUGUAGAUCGCGAGAAUGCGUAUCGUAAGCGGCGUUUUGAGCGCAUGUUGUCACCCGAGCGAGGUGACGCCUUUGGGGACAAGACACCAGCUCGUAGUUACAAGGAGAUUAUGCACACACAACAACUUGAGCAAGAACGUGCCGAAGUUGUGCGUUUGAUUCGACAGAAGCGUGAAGAACAGGAAGAACAGCAGCCAAAGUCUCAGGAGGAAGACGCCACGCCAAAGAGGCGCCGCAAGAGAAUGCGCUGGGAUCAAGAAGCCCCAUUGGCUGAAAAAACGGAUGUUGAGAGCCAAUCAGAAUGGGACACGGCGUCAGAAUCUUCAACAAGCUCGGUGGCGGCUACACCCACACGAUCUUCCUCGAGAUGGGACGCUACGCCGACUGCAUCGUCUAUUACACCAGGUAGAAAGAAUCGGUGGGAUGAAACACCCGUAGCAAGCAAUGGAGCGUCGAAUUGGGAUGCAACUCCCGUAGCUUUGGGUGGACUCACUCCAUCAGGAAGUGGAAAGCGUUCACGGUGGGAUGAGACGCCUGUGAUGAGUGAUAUGGGUACACUGGGAAAGACUGGAUAUUUAACAUCGGGAGGAGUCAUGGCAGUGGAAAUGAAUGGUACUUUGACACCCGAGUUAGCGCAGCGUUUGCGCUGGGAACGAGAAAUUGAAGAGCGCAAUCGUCCAUUAGCAGAUGAAGAGCUUGAUGCAUUAUUUCCAGCUACUGGGUAUAAGAUCCUCGAUCCUCCAUCAUCGUAUGUUCCGAUUCGAACACCGUCAAGAAAGCUACUUUCUACUCCUACGCCGAUGGGACAGACACCAGGCUUUGCAAUGCAAAUGACUCCUGCUCGUGAAGAUUAUGGUGUACCUGUUGGCACACCAUCGAGUGCGGAUGGAAGCUCUCUGCCAUUUAUCAAACCAGAAGACUAUCAGUACUUUGGCAAGCUUAUGGAUGAAGUAAAUGAAGAUGAUUUAGAUCCUGAAGAUGCUAAAGAGCGAAAAAUCAUGCGAUUGCUUCUUAAAAUCAAAAACGGUCUUCCGCCACAACGAAAAACAGCGUUACGUCAGCUAACAGACAAGGCGCGCGAGUUUGGUGCCGGAGCAUUGUUUAACCAGAUUUUGCCAUUGCUGAUGGCUCCGACGCUUGAAGAUCAAGAACGUCAUCUGCUCGUCAAAGUGAUUGACCGUGUGCUUUAUAAACUUGAUGAUCUAGUGCGCCCUUAUGUACACAAGAUCUUAGUUGUGAUUGAGCCACUGCUGAUUGACGAAGACUAUUACGCUCGCGUAGAAGGACGGGAAAUCAUUUCAAAUCUUGCUAAAGCUGCUGGUCUCGCGACGAUGAUAUCGACGAUGCGCCCCGAUAUCGAUAUUGACGACGAGUAUGUUCGUAACACUACAGCACGUGCAUUCGCUGUUGUUGCAUCAGCACUUGGUGUUCCAGCAUUAUUGCCGUUUUUGAAAGCUGUAUGCCAAUCGAGAAAGUCUUGGCAAGCUCGGCACACUGGUAUAAAGAUUGUGCAACAAGUUGCUAUUUUGAUGGGUUGUGCUGUGCUACCGCAUUUGAAACAUCUUGUGGAGAUUAUUGAUCAUGGUCUUGAAGACGAUCAAAAGGUGCGCACGAUCACAGCUCUGGCCCUUGCUGCGCUUGCUGAAGCUGCGCAUCCGUACGGUAUCGAGUCUUUCGACUCUGUUCUGCGUCCACUAUGGCGUGGAACACGUAAACAUCACGGCAAAGGUCUUGCAGCCUUUUUGAAAGCCAUUGGCUUCAUUAUUCCGCUUAUGGAUGCUCAGUAUGCCAAUUACUAUACGGUUGAAGUGAUGGAAAUCUUAAUUCGCGAAUUUCAGUCGCCUGACGAGGAAAUGAAGAAAAUUGUUUUGAAAGUUGUCAAGCAGUGCGUUUCGACGGAUGGUGUGGAAGCCUCGUACGUCAAAGAAAAGAUUUUACCUGAAUUUUUUCGGCACUUCUGGGUACGUCGCAUGGCGCUUGACAGACGCAAUUAUCGUCAGCUAGUGGAGACGACAGUUGAGCUCGCAAACAACGUUGGAGCGAGCGAGAUAAUUUCGCGAGUUGUCGAUGAUCUGAAGGAUGAGAGUGAGCCGUAUCGUCGCAUGGUGAUGGAGGCGAUUCAAAACAUUAUCCAAAAUUUGGGUGCCACCGAUAUUGGAACAGAUCUUGAGGAGAAACUCAUUGAUGGAAUCUUAUAUGCUUUUCAAGAGCAAACGUCCGACGACACGUUAGUGAUGCUUAAUGGAUUUGGCAUUGUCGUCAAUGCUUUGGGGGUUCGCGCGAAAAACUAUUUACCGCAGAUCUGUGGUACGAUAAAGUGGCGGUUAAAUAAUAAGCCGGCUAAGGUGCGCAUGCAGGCAGCUGAUCUGGUCAAUCGAAUUGCUGUGGUUAUGAAAACUUGCGAUCAGGAACCCUUGAUGGGACACAUGGGUGUUGUUCUCUACGAAUAUCUGGGUGAAGAGUAUCCCGAGGUAUUAGGUAGCAUUCUUGGAGCUUUAAAAGCUAUUGUGAAUGUGAUUGGCAUGAGUAAAAUGACUCCACCGAUCAAAGAUUUGCUGCCGCGACUUACUCCAGUUCUGAAAAAUCGCCACGAAAAGGUGCAAGAAAAUUGUAUUGACCUUGUUGGACGAAUUGCCGAUCGUGGUGCAGAUCUAGUAUCAGCUCGAGAAUGGAUGCGCAUUUGUUUUGAAUUGCUAGAUAUGCUGAAGGCGCACAAGAAAGGUAUUCGUCGUGCUGCAGUCAAUACAUUUGGAUACAUCGCCAAGGCAAUUGGCCCUCAGGACGUAUUGCAUACAUUGUUGAACAAUCUGAAGGUUCAAGAGCGACAGAACCGUGUGUGCACAACUGUAGCCAUUGCUAUUGUUGCGGAGACGUGCUCGCCCUUUACUGUUGUUCCGGCUCUCAUGAACGAAUAUCGUGUGCCAGAGCUGAAUGUUCAAAACGGUGUUUUAAAAGCAUUUUCGUUCAUGUUCGAGUACAUUGGUGAAAUGGGCAAGGAUUACAUUUACGCAGUGACCCCACUGCUGCAGGACGCGCUCAUGGAUCGUGACUUAGUGCAUCGUCAAACAGCGUGCACCACUGUGAAACACUUGGCGCUCGGUGUUGCUGGUUUAGGUUGCGAAGAUGCGCUCAUUCACUUGCUCAAUUUCGUGUGGCCCAAUAUUUUUGAAACCUCUCCACACGUCAUCAAUGCCGUAUUUGAGGCCGUGGAAGGCUGUCGGGUGGCACUAGGUCCACACGUCAUUCUGCAGUACGUUCUUCAGGGUUUGUUUCACCCGGCGCGCCGUGUUCGCGAGGUGUAUUGGAAGAUCUAUAAUUCGUUGUAUAUGUAUGGACAGGACGGCUUGACACCCGCUUAUCCAGUACUUGAAGAUGAUGGUGUGAACUCAUACAAGCGCACCUACUUGGAGCUCUGCAUUUAG